AUGCCUCUGCCCGUUUGGAAAAGGCCAGGCGUUGCAUACAAUGUAGGCGACGUGGUGACCUUGUAUCCAUACGAGCCCGUCCGCCCCCAUGGCCUGGGACAGUACUACAGCAAUCCCCUCCCGAAGGAUCACGGCUACGGAGAACUGCGCAACUUCGUUCGGACCGACCGCCGUCAUCACGCCAAGGUCAAGAUCACGGAGGCCGUCAAAUUCGGCGAGAACCGAAAAUCUCAGAUUUUCGCCUGUCAAGUCGUUGAAUUCCCGUCCGAAGAACGCCCCAAGUUCUACCAAGAACCCCUCAGCAUCGUCGACCCCAACACCAAGCAACGGGAGCCAGUGACCCGACGACUUGUCGCCAAAGCGAUCGACUAUGGCUACUUUCCGAGCAGCUUCGGUGGCCCUUACAGCAACGCACAGAAUGCUGAUGGCAUUCUCAGCCGUAUUCACGCAGCGCACGCUUACUUUCGCUACAACAAGAGGACGGGUUACCCACACACCAUGCCGCAAUUCUACGGUGGCUGGGCUAUGAAGGUCAACGGUGGAACAGAUUACGCGGGCAAUGAUCACAUCAGGCUCGUCGGCUUAAUUCUCAUCGAGCACAUUCAUGGCUACUCCAUUGAGGAACUAUGUUAUCGCGAUGGUGGUGAUGAUGGUGUUGAUACCGAAUACCUCGGGAAGCUUAUCCCACCUCCUGGUCCUGUGGGCUUCCUUGGGAACGAUAACCAAUUGAGACACAUCACCUUCGACCUGGAGAAGCGGCAGCUUGUCAUACAGAUGAUGCUUCACGGUCUCGCCGCGGGCUUCCAAAUUGGGGUUGAACAUCACCACUGUCAACCGUGGAACGUUUUUGGGCCUGUGGCAGAGGCUCCCUUCAUUCGUAAGCGACUUUCGCCCUAUGAUACCAAACAAUUGGACAUCAAGCAACUAGAUCCCAAGCGACCAUUCGCGAACAAGACGUAUUCGACCUUCGAGCUACUAGACUACUUCGAGGAGACGGAACAAGCGGUGCAAGCGAUCUUUCGACUUAUAGAUGACCACCCGGAAGGCGAGCGUAACUUGGAGGGGGAGAAGUUGGCAAGAAAGGCAAUCAUCAAGGGGUUGCGGUCUUACGCUGUCAACGGCAUCCAGCAUCCCACAUCGCAGUACAAAUUACCGAUGGCAUAUAAGCUCAGCCAACCGACCGCCGCAGCUGGAAAACGCAAAGUUUCGAAUCUGGUUGCCAAGUUUGAAUCCCAGUCGACCGAUGUGUCGACCAUCUCUCAGAACCCUGGACGAACACCUAGGGGCUUUGUCAGUCGAGUGCCUCGCCCGAUUUCGACACAGAUCACGACUCCCAGCACAGUCAGUCCUGCUCCGACGUCUGUAACUCUCACCAGACCAUCUUUCAACGUCCCGUCUCGUGUCUUCCCAUCUCGCAACACCCCGCCCCUUCCCAGCUCCAGUCGCAGUGCCACGCCGGGCGACGAGAACCGCCCCCCUCGGAGCUGA